GUGUAUUCGUGUGCAUUUUUCCAGUGAGAGGUUUGUGGUUUUCAUCAGAUUCUCAGAGCAGGGCCCAGGACACAGGAAAGAUGAAAAAUGGCUCCUUUAGAGGUAUAAGUUAACAUCAAAGACAUUUGCCAAUCACUUCAACACCAAAGCUUCUGCCAUCUGUCACAUACCCUCCCUGAUUUCCAUCCUGUGUCUGUAACCUUUCCUUAGGGACAUUAAAAAUAUAAUUUACUGUUACCCAAAUGUUUAGGAAUAGGCCAAGAAGCAACACAAGAGUUCAUUAUUAGAGGAGAAGAGACACUUGGAGUCAGUUAUAUUACCCCAGUAAUCAUUUUUUUUAAGAAGGAUAUUAAUACAUUCACAUAUGGUUGAUGGGAUCCUGCAAAACAAUAGGCUGUAUGUGUCAAGAUAUGUUAAAAUGUUCAUAAUCUGUAAGCCAAUAUAUUACACUUUGGGGAAUGUCUUCGUCAGUUCUGGCUGCAAUAAUGAAGUACCUUAGACUUGAUGGUUCAUAAGCAAUAGAAAUUAAUUUCUCAUAGUUCUGUCAGCUGGAAGUCUGAGAUCUGCAUGCCAGCAUGGUUGGAUGCUGAUGAGGACCCUCCUCCAGGUUGCAGACUUUGGACUUCUCUGUGCAUCCUCAUUUGGUGGAAAGAGAGCUCUCCUGGGCACUAAUCCUAUUCGUGAGGAAUCUACGCUGUAACCUAAUUACUUCCUGAAGGCCCCACCUCCUGUCAUCACUUUGGGUAGAGAUGUAGCCAUACUCCUAACAAUGGGAAUACAUUCUGAGAAAUGUGUCCUUAGUGACUUUUGUCAGUGUGUGAACAUCAUAGAAUGUACUUACUCAAAACCAAGAUGGUACAGCCUGCUACACAUCUAGGCUGUACGAUAUAGUUUCUUGCUCCUAGGCUACAAACCUUUACAACUUGUUACUGUGCUGAACACUGUAGGCAAUUGUAACAAAUAAGUAUUUCUAUGUUUAGAUACUUAGUCGUUUAGAUACUUUUCUAUGUUUAGAUACUUUCUUGUAUCUAAACAAAGAAAAGUACAGUAGACAUAGGGCAUAAAAGAUUAAAAAACCUACAUAGGGCACUUAUGAAUGGAGUGUACAGGAGUAGAAGUUGUUCUGGGUGAGUCAGUAAGUGAGUGGCGAAGUGAAUCUGAGGGCCUAGGAUAUUACUGGACGCUUUUAUAUGACUGGCAGUGCAGAGGUUUGUUUAUAUCAGCAUCACCUCAGACGCAUGAGUAGUGCAUUGCCUUUCCACGUUACUAUGGCUACAGUGUCACUAGGCUAUAGGAAGUUUUCAGCUUCAUUAUAAUCUUGUGGGACCAAUUAUAAUCAAUCGUUGGUGUAACAUCAUUAUGCACCCAUGAUUUUAUAUAAAUAUGUUGGAUAGUCACAUCUGUGUCACCUUUUCACAUAAUUUUACCCUUGUUUCUUAAUAUAUAGCCUCUUCUCAUUCACCAAAGCCUACAUGGAAUAUAGCAUGAUGAAAAGUAGAAAUGUAAAAUUUUUUUUUCAAACAAAAUUAUGCACAGAGAUCUCAAACUUAAGGAGACAGAAGGAGAAAGUGGUUUUGGUUGAAGUAGAAAACAAGAAGAUCCUUACUUUUUGUAUAUUUCCUCUUUACUUCAACACACACACAAACAUACAAAGUAAUAAUAGAGAGUAGUGAGGGUGGCCGGGGGCGGUGGCUCGUGCCUGUAAUCCCAGCACUUUGGGAGGCUGAGGCGGGUGGAUCACUUGAGGCCAGGAGUUCUAGACCAGCCUGGUCAACAUGGCGAAACCCCUGUCUCUACUAAAAAUAAAAAAAUUAGUCUGCCAUGGUUGUGCACGACUGUAGUCCCAGCUACUCGAGAGGCUGAGGCAUAAGAAUCACUUGAAUCCAGGAGGCGGAGGUUGUAAUGAGCUGAGAUUGCACCAUUGCACGCCAGCCUGGGCGACAGAGCUAGAGUCUGUCUCUAAAUAAAUAAGUAAACAAACAAAUCUACUGUUAACAUCAUACUUAAUGAUGAAUGACAACAUUUUCCCUAAGGUCAAGAAUAAGACAAGGUUAUUCUAAAACUAUUCAACAUUGCCCUGGAGGUUCUAGUGCUUGCAAUAAGGCAAACAAAACAAAACAAACAAAAAAAACACAAGGCAUGUGAAUUGGAAAAGAAGAAGUAAAACUCUUUAUUUGCAGACGAUAUAAUAAUGUGUAUAGACAACCCUAAGAUAAAUUCUUCAGAAUCUAGAAAAAAUGAUUAGAAUAAGUGAAUUUAGCAAGGUCACAGGAUUAUAAAAUCAAUGUAAAAUGAAUUUUAUUUCUAUAUAACAGCAAAGAACAAUUAGAAUAUAAAGCAAAAAUUAAUACACAUGCCAUAAUUGGGACGUUGAGGCACGAGAAUCUUUUGAACCCAGGAGGCAGAGGGUUGCAGUGAGCUGAGAUUGCACUACUGCACUCCAGCCUGGGCCACAGAGUGAGACUCUGUCUCAGAAAAGAAAAAAAGUGAGGGCUUCAGAAAUAGACAGAUGAAGGGUGGAGUCUCUGAAUCUUGGUUCUGUUGUACUUCAGGUCAAGUUAUUCAAAGUCUCCAAAAAUACCAUAGGUAGCCUUAGAUUCUACAUAUAUAAAAUGAGAAAAAAAAAUUCCUUUAGAGUUGUGAGGAUCAAAUAAGAUGUAAAGGAUGCACAUAACAUAGUGCUUGUGCUAGGCAGAAUAGGAGCCCUCCAAAGAUGUCCACACCCUAAUCCCUAGAACCUGUGCAUGUUAUGUUCCAUAGCAGAAGGAAUGAAGGCACCGGAUGGAAUUAAAGUUGCUAAUCAGCUGACCUUGUAAUAGGGAGGUUAGCCUGGAUAACUUGCUGGGCCUAAUGUCAUCACAGGGGUCCUGAAAAGUGGAAGCAGAAGAGUCAGAACCAGCAAGACCAGACGCGGGGUGCUCACACCUGGAAUCCCAGCACUUUGGGAGGCUGAGGCGGGAGGAUCAUUUGAGCCCAGGAGUCUGAGACCAGCCUGGGCAACACGCAGCCUUGAAGGUGUUAUUCUCAUUUUAUAGUUGAGAAACCUGAGGCUCUGAGUGCCUAGAACAUUCCAUAUUCUGCUUCACACACAGUGACUCACUCACUACUGCUUUGUACCAGUGUGCCCACUCGAGUGCCUGUAAAGUACAAGCUCCAGAUCAAAAAAGCUUCUAGAUGGAUCCUUUCCAAACUUGGUGUCUUUUCAACAAACUCUGUGCCUCAACAACCAUUUCUAAGUGCUUCAGCGCCAGUCAGCAAAGUGAAUAAAUACUGUGCUUCUUCCAACUUUCAUUCCACUUGGGGGAAAAAAAAUAUCAUCAUGUCAAACAUUACGAUUGACCCAGAUGUCAAACCUGGUGAAUAUGUCAUCAAGAGCCUCUUUGCAGAAUUUGCUGUUCAAGCUGAAAAGAAAAUUGAAGUUGUAAUGGCCGAACCCUUGGAGAAGCUAUUGUCCAGAUCUCUUCAGAGGGGUGAAGAUCUUCAGUUUGAUCAGUUGAUAAGCUCUAUGAGCUCAGUAGCAGAGCACUGUCUCCCUUCCUUACUUCGCACCUUGUUUGACUGGUACAGACGCCAAAAUGGAACGGAAGAUGAAUCUUAUGAAUAUAGGCCUCGGUCUAGCACAAAGUCUAAGGGGGAUGAACAGCAACGUGAAAGAGAUUAUCUUCUUGAAAGGAGGGACUUAGCAGUAGACUUCAUUUUUUGUUUAGUUUUAGUUGAAGUUCUAAAGCAGAUUCCUGUUCAUCCUGUACCCGAUCCCUUAGUUCAUGAAGUUCUAAACUUAGCUUUUAAGCACUUUAAACAUAAGGAAGGAUAUUCAGGAACCAACACUGGGAAUGUGCAUAUUAUUGCUGAUUUAUAUGCAGAGGUGAUAGGGGUUCUUGCCCAAUCAAAGUUUCAGGCUGUAAGGAAGAAGUUUGUGACAGAAUUAAAAGAACUGCGACAAAAGGAACAAAGCCCACAUGUGGUACAAAGUGUCAUCAGCUUAAUAAUGGGAAUGAAAUUUUUUCGAGUAAAAAUGUAUCCUGUAGAAGAUUUUGAAGCAUCAUUUCAAUUUAUGCAGGAAUGUGCUCAGUAUUUCUUAGAAGUGAAAGAUAAAGAUAUAAAACAUGCACUUGCUGGUUUAUUUGUGGAGAUUCUUAUCCCUGUAGCUGCUGCUGUUAAAAAUGAAGUGAAUGUUCCCUGUUUGAAAAAUUUUGUGGAGAUGCUUUAUCAGACUACUUUUGAACUGAGCUCGAGAAAGAAGCAUUCAUUGGCUUUAUAUCCACUAAUUACCUGCCUUUUAUGUGUCAGUCAGAAACAAUUUUUUUUAAAUAACUGGCAUAUUUUCCUACAGAACUGUUUGUCACAUUUAAAGAUGCCAUCUAACAACAGUAUCAGAAAACAAAUAGAAACACUCCAGAAUAAAGAUCCGAAAAUGUCUCGAGUUGCACUGGAAUCUUUGUAUAGAUUAUUGUGGGUUUAUGUAAUUAGAAUAAAAUGUGAAAGCAACACUGUAACUCAAAGUCGUCUCAUGAGCAUAGUGUCAGCACUUUUUCCAAAAGGCUCACGAAGUGUGGUUCCUCGUGACACACCUCUCAAUAUAUUUGUGAAGAUUAUUCAGUUCAUUGCUCAGGAACGCUUGGAUUUUGCAAUGAAAGAAAUAAUAUUUGAUCUUCUCAGUGUUGGAAAAUCUACUAAAACUUUCACCAUUAAUCCAGAGAGAAUGAACAUAGGCCUCAGAGUCUUCCUUGUAAUAGCAGACAGUUUGCAGCAGAAAGAUGGUGAACCACCCAUGCCAACAACAGGCGUUAUUCUUCCCUCAGGAAAUACUCUUCGUGUAAAGAAAAUAUUUCUCAAUAAAACCUUGACAGAUGAAGAAGCAAAAGUCAUAGGAAUGUCAGUUUACUAUCCUCAAGUAAGAAAAGCAUUAGAUAGCAUCCUCAGACAUUUGGACAAAGAAGUUGGGAGACCAAUGUGUAUGACCAGUGUGCAGAUGUCUAAUAAGGAGCCUGAAGACAUGAUUACGGGGGAAAGAAAACCCAAGAUUGAUUUGUUUAGAACUUGUAUUGCUGCAAUUCCAAGGUUGAUUCCUGAUGGUAUGAGCAGAACUGACCUGAUUGAAUUGUUAGCAAGGCUCACAAUUCAUAUGGAUGAAGAACUGCGUGCUCUGGCUUUCAAUACCCUGCAGGCACUAAUGCUUGCUUUUCCAGAUUGGCGGGAGGAUGUUCUUUCAGGAUUUGUUUAUUUUAUUGUUCGUGAAGUGACUGAUGUCCAUCCCACGCUUCUUGAUAAUGCCGUAAAGAUGUUGGUACAAUUAAUAAAUCAGUGGAAGCAAGCAGCCCAAAUGCAUAAUAAAAACCAGGACACUCAGCAUGGUGUAGCUAAUGGAGCUUCUCAUCCCCCUUCUCUGGAAAGGAGCCCAUAUUCCAACGUAUUCCAUGUGGUUGAAGGCUUUGCACUUGUCAUUCUCUGUAGCAGUCGACCUGCCACUAGGAGACUAGCCGUCAGUGUCCUUAGAGAAAUACGGGCUUUAUGUGCACUUUUGGAAAUACCUAAGGGUGAUGAUGAAUUAGCCAUAGAUGUGAUGGACAGGCUAAGCCCAUCCAUUCUUGAGAGCUUCAUACAUCUCACUGGGGCUGAUCAGACUACUUUGCUCUAUUGCCCUAGCUCGAUAGAUUUGCAAACAUUAGCAGAAUGGAACUCUUCUCCUAUUAGCCACCAGUUUGAUGUGAUUAGUCCAUCACACAUAUGGAUAUUUGCACAUGUGACCCAAGGCCAAGACCCGUGGAUUAUAAGUCUCUCCAGUUUUUUAAAGCAAGAAAAUCUUCCUAAACACUGCUCUACAGCUGUGAGCUAUGCUUGGAUGUUUGCAUACACAAGACUUCAGUUGUUGUCCCCUCAGGUCGAUAUAAAUAGCCCCAUCAAUGCUAAGAAAGUAAAUACCACCACAAGCAGUGACUCAUACAUCGGCCUGUGGAGAAACUAUCUGAUCCUUUGCUGCAGUGCAGCAACAUCGUCAUCUUCCACAUCUGCAGGUUCUGUGAGAUGUUCUCCUCCUGAGACGCUGGCGUCUACCCCAGAUAGUGGCUAUAGCAUUGAUUCUAAAAUUAUUGGCAUCCCAUCCCCUUCAUCCUUGUUUAAGCACAUAGUUCCAAUGAUGCGCUCUGAGAGCAUGGAAAUCACAGAAUCCCUUGUUCUAGGUCUUGGCAGGACCAACCCAGGAGCUUUUAGGGAACUAAUAGAGGAAUUACAUCCCAUAAUUAAAGAAGCACUCGAAAGAAGGCCAGAGAAUAUGAAACGACGCAGGCGUCGAGACAUUUUACGAGUACAACUGGUACGAAUAUUUGAACUGCUGGCAGAUGCUGGUGUCAUUAGUCACAGUGCAAGUGGUGGCCUUGAUAAUGAAACACAUUUUCUCAACAACACUUUAUUGGAGUAUGUAGAUUUAACUAGACAACUCCUGGAAGCAGAAAAUGAAAAAGACUCUGACACACUGAAGGAUAUACGAUGCCAUUUUAGUGCCUUAGUGGCGAAUAUUAUUCAGAAUGUUCCAGUGCACCAGAGAAGAAGUAUUUUUCCUCAACAGAGCCUUCGUCACAGUCUAUUUAUGCUGUUCAGUCACUGGGCAGGUCCUUUUAGCAUCAUGUUUACGCCCUUGGACAGAUAUAGUGAUAGAAAUAUGCAAAUUAAUAGACAUCAAUACUGUGCAUUAAAGGCUAUGUCUGCUGUACUAUGUUGUGGCCCUGUUGCAGAUAAUGUAGGACUUUCAUCAGAUGGCUAUUUGUACAAAUGGUUGGAUAACAUUUUGGAUUCUCUGGACAAAAAGGUUCAUCAGCUGGGCUGUGAAGCAAUUACGUUGUUACUGGAGCUGAACCCUGAUCAGAGCAACCUGAUGUACUGGGCUGUGGACCGCUGCUACACGGGCUCCGGGAGGGUGGCAGCCGGCUGCUUUAAAGCCAUUGCUAAUGUUUUCCAGAACAGGGAUUAUCAGUGUGACACAGUGAUGCUUCUAAAUCUGAUACUGUUUAAAGCAGCUGAUUCUUCUAGAAGUAUCUAUGAAGUUGCUAUGCAACUUUUACAGAUUCUGGAACCGAAGAUGUUUCGCUAUGCUCACAAAUUGGAGGUUCAGAGAACAGAUGGAGUACUCAGCCAGCUGUCUCCUCUACCACAUCUCUAUUCUGUUUCAUAUUAUCAGUUGUCCGAGGAACUAGCAAGGGCGUAUCCUGAGCUAACUCUCGCCAUAUUCUCAGAGAUAAGCCAGAGAAUCCAGACAGCUCACCCUGCUGGGCGGCAGGUGAUGCUGCACUACUUGCUACCAUGGAUGAACAACAUCGAGCUGGUGGACUUAAAACCUCUUCCCACAGCAAGGCGACAUGAUGAAGAUGAAGAUGAUUCCUUAAAAGACCGAGAACUUAUGGUGACUAGUAGGCGCUGGUUACGGGGAGAAGGAUGGGGAUCUCCACAAGCCACCGCAAUGGUUUUGAACAAUCUGAUGUAUAUGACAGCAAAGUAUGGCGAUGAACUGGCCUGGUCGGAGGUGGAGAAUGUGUGGACCACACUUGCAGAUGGCUGGCCCAAAAACCUGAAAAUAAUUUUGCACUUUUUGAUCAGCAUUUGUGGGGUGAAUAGCGAACCAAGCCUCUUGCCUUACGUGAAGAAGGUCAUUGUAUAUUUAGGUAGAGAUAAAACAAUGCAGUUGCUAGAAGAGCUGGUGAGUGAGCUUCAGCUGACCGAUCCUGUCAGUUCAGGGGUCACUCACAUGGAUAAUCCCCCGUAUUACCGCAUCACUUCCAGCUAUAAAAUCCCUUCUGUCACCUCAGGAACUACUUCUAGUAGCAAUACAAUGGUAGCUCCCACAGAUGGCAAUCCUGAUAAUAAGCCCAUUAAAGAGAAUAUUGAAGAGAGCUAUGUGCACCUGGACAUUUACAGUGGACUAAACAGUCAUUUGAAUCGGCAACAUCACAGACUAGAAUCCCGAUACAGUAGCAGCUCUGGAGGAUCUUAUGAAGAAGAAAAAAGUGAUUCAAUGCCACUUUAUUCUAAUUGGCGACUGAAAGUGAUGGAGCAUAACCAAGGAGAGCCACUGCCCUUCCCACCAGCUGGAGGCUGCUGGUCACCACUGGUGGAUUACGUGCCUGAAACGUCAUCACCUGGAUUACCUCUUCACAGGUGUAACAUAGCAGUGAUCCUUUUGACUGAUCUCAUCAUUGAUCAUAGUGUGAAGGUGGAAUGGGGAAGCUACCUCCAUCUUCUUCUUCAUGCAAUUUUUAUAGGGUUUGACCACUGCCACCCUGAGGUGUAUGAACAUUGUAAACGCCUGCUUCUGCACUUAUUAAUAGUAAUGGGACCCAAUAGUAACAUCCGAACUGUUGCUUCUGUCCUUCUCAGGAACAAGGAGUUUAAUGAGCCCAGGGUGCUUACAGUCAAACAAGUUGCACACUUAGAUUAUAAUUUCACAGCAGGCAUUAACGAUUUUAUACCUGAUUACCAGCCCUCCCCUAUGACUGACUCAGGGCUUAGCUCAAGUUCUACCUCUUCUAGUAUCAGCUUAGGAAAUAACAGUGCUGCCAUUUCACAUCUGCACACCACUAUCCUCAAUGAGGUUGACAUCUCAGUGGAGCAGGAUGGAAAAGUCAAAACCCUCAUGGAAUUCAUUACCUCAAGAAAAAGAGGGCCCCUUUGGAACCAUGAGGAUGUUUCUGCCAAGAAUCCUAGCAUAAAGAGUGCUGAACAGUUAACUACCUUUUUGAAACAUGUGGUUUCUGUUUUUAAGCAGUCAAGCUCAGAAGGAAUUCAUCUGGAACAUCAUCUUAGUGAAGUUGCUCUGCAAACAGCACUUUCCUGUUCUUCUCGACACUAUGCUGGGAGAUCCUUUCAGAUUUUCAGGGCCCUAAAGCAGCCUCUCACUGCAACUACACUUUCUGAUGUUCUCUCCAGACUUGUAGAAACUGUAGGGGAUCCAGGAGAAGAUGCACAGGGAUUUGUGAUUGAGCUUCUUCUCACAUUGGAAUCUGCAAUUGAUACUUUGGCUGAAACCAUGAAGCAUUAUGAUCUUCUUUCUGCCCUUUCUCAAACCUCAUAUCCUGAUCCUAUAAUGGGAAACAAGUAUGCAGCUAACAGGAAAAGCACUGGACAACUCAAUCUAAGCACAAAUCCCAUUAAUAGUAGCAGUUAUUUGGGAUAUGACAGUAAUGCAAGAAGUAACUCUUUGAGAUUAAGUUUGAUUGGUGACCGACGAGGUGACCGGCGGCGGAGUAACACACUGGAUAUAAUGGAUGGACGGAUAAACCAUAGCAGUAGUUUAGCAAGGACUAGAAGCCUUUCCUCUCUAAGAGAGAAAGGAAUGUGUGAUGUGCAGUCCACUACUGAGCCUACCAACGUGAUGGCCACCAUUUUUUGGAUAGCAGCAUCUUUACUAGAAUCAGAUUAUGAAUAUGAAUACCUCCUGGCUCUCAGGCUUCUCAACAAACUGCUUAUCCAUUUGCCUUUGGAUAAAUCAGAGAGUAGAGAGAAGAUUGAAAAUGUACAAAGCAAAUUGAAAUGGACUAAUUUUCCAGGACUUCAGCAGCUCUUCCUUAAGGGCUUUACCUCAGCAUCUACACAAGAAAUGACCGUGCACCUCCUCAGUAAACUCAUUUCUGUCUCCAAACAUACAUUGGUGGAUCCUUCCCAAUUGUCAGGCUUUCCUCUUAACAUCCUUUGCUUAUUGCCUCACUUAAUCCAGCAUUUUGACAGCCCAACUCAGUUUUGCAAAGAAACAGCUAGUCGAAUAGCAAAGGUUUGUGCAGAAGAAAAAUGCCCAACACUUGUCAAUCUGGCACACAUGAUGAGUUUGUACAGUACACACACAUAUUCCAGAGACUGUUCUAACUGGAUCAAUGUUGUGUGCAGAUACCUGCAUGACUCCUUCUCAGAUACAACAUUUAAUCUUGUGACUUAUCUUGCAGAGCUAUUAGAAAAAGGAUUGUCCAGUAUGCAGCAAUCAUUGCUACAGAUUAUUUAUAGUCUAUUGAGUCAUAUUGACCUGUCCGCAGCCCCAGCCAAGCAGUUUAAUCUGGAGAUCAUAAAGAUUAUUGGCAAAUAUGUACAGAGUCCUUACUGGAAGGAAGCCCUUAACAUAUUAAAGCUGGUGGUGUCACGCUCUGCGAGUCUUGUCGUACCCAGUGAUAUCCCCAAGACCUAUGGAGGAGAUACAGGUUCUCCUGAAAUAUCCUUCACUAAAAUUUUUAAUAAUGUUUCUAAGGAGUUGCCUGGGAAGACCUUAGAUUUUCAUUUUGAUAUAUCUGAGACACCAAUUAUUGGAAACAAAUAUGGUGAUCAGCACAGUGCGGCUGGAAGAAAUGGGAAACCAAAAGUUAUUGCUGUCACUAGAAGUACUUCCUCAACUUCUUCUGGUUCUAAUUCUAAUGCCUUGGUUCCUGUUAGUUGGAAAAGGCCACAGUUAUCACAGCGAAGAACAAGAGAAAAGCUAAUGAAUGUGCUUUCUCUCUGUGGUCCAGAAUCUGGCCUCCCAAAGAACCCAUCAGUUGUAUUUUCUUCUAAUGAGGAUUUGGAAGUCGGUGACCAACAGACUAGCCUAAUUUCUACAACAGAAGACAUAAAUCAAGAGGAAGAAGUAGCUGUGGAAGAUAAUAGCAGUGAACAACAGUUUGGUGUUUUUAAGGAUUUUGACUUUUUAGAUGUUGAAUUGGAAGAUGCAGAGGGUGAAAGUAUGGACAAUUUCAACUGGGGAGUUCGCAGACGCUCACUGGACAGUAUUGACAAAGGGGACACUCCAUCCCUCCAGGAGUACCAGUGCUCUAGUAGCACCCCCAGCCUGAACCUCACCAAUCAGGAGGAUACGGAUGAGUCCUCGGAAGAAGAAGCGGCACUUACAGCAAGCCAGAUACUGUCACGCACACAGAUGUUAAACAGUGAUUCUGCCACUGAUGAAACAAUACCAGACCAUCCUGACUUACUUCUCCAGUCUCAAGAUUCCACUGGCAGCAUCACAACAGAGGAAGUGCUUCAAAUCAGGGAUGAGACCCCAACUUUGGAGGCUUCUCUAGAUAAUGCUAACAGCCGGCUGCCUGAGGAUACAAGUUCAGUAUUAAAGGAGGAACAUGUUACAACCUUUGAAGAUGAAGGGUCCUAUAUAAUUCAAGAACAGCAGGAUUCUCUUGUGUGUCAAGGAAUUCUUGAUUUAGAAGAAACUGAAAUGCCAGAGCCUCUAGCUCCUGAAAGCUACCCCGAGUCAAUCUGUGAAGAGGAUGUUACCUUAGCUCUGAAAGAGCUAGAUGAAAGAUGUGAAGAAGAAGAAGCAGAUUUCUCCGGACUGUCUAGUCAAGAUGAAGAAGAGCAAGAUGGUUUUCCAGAAGUACAGACAUCGCCUCUGCCAUCACCAUUUCUUUCUGCCAUCAUAGCCGCCUUUCAGCCUGUGGCAUAUGAUGAUGAAGAGGAAGCCUGGCGCUGCCAUGUCAAUCAGAUGCUAUCUGACACCGACGGGUCCUCUGCAGUGUUUACUUUUCAUGUGUUUUCUAGGCUGUUUCAGACAAUUCAAAGAAAGUUUGGAGAAAUAACUAAUGAGGCAGUCAGCUUUCUUGGUGAUAGUCUGCAACGCAUUGGUACCAAAUUUAAAAGUUCCUUGGAAGUGAUGAUGAUGUGUUCAGAAUGCCCAACAGUCUUUGUGGAUGCUGAAACACUGAUGUCAUGUGGUUUGCUGGAAACACUCAAGUUUGGUGUUUUGGAGUUGCAAGAACACCUGGAUACAUACAAUGUGAAGAGAGAAGCUGCUGAGCAGUGGCUAGAUGAUUGUAAGAGGACAUUUGGUGCCAAAGAAGACAUGUAUAGGAUAAACACAGAUGCACAACAAAUGGAAAUACUAGCAGAAUUGGAGCUCUGCCGAAGAUUAUACAAAUUGCAUUUUCAAUUGCUGCUUCUGUUCCAGGCCUACUGUAAACUUAUCAACCAAGUAAAUACGAUAAAAAAUGAAGCAGAGGUCAUCAACAUGUCAGAGGAACUUGCCCAACUGGAAAGUAUCCUCAAAGCAGCUGAGUCCGCUUCCGAAAACGAAGAAAUUGACAUUUCCAAAGCUGCGCAAACUACUAUAGAAACUGCCAUUCAUUCUUUAAUUGAAACUUUGAAAAAUAAGGAAUUUAUAUCAGCUGUAGCACAAGUCAAAGCUUUCAGAUCUCUCUGGCCCAGUGAUAUCUUUGGCAGUUGUGAAGAUGACCCUGUGCAGACACUGUUACAUAUAUAUUUCCAUCAUCAGACGCUGGGCCAGACAGGAAGCUUUGCAGUUAUAGGCUCUAACCUGGACAUGUCAGAAGCCAACUACAAACUGAUGGAACUUAAUCUGGAAAUAAGAGAGUCUCUACGCAUGGUGCAAUCAUACCAACUUCUAGCACAGGCCAAACCAAUGGGAAAUAUGGUGAGCACUGGAUUCUGAGACACUUCAGGAAAGAAACUGAAGAUGAUGAAGAAUAUUAAGCAAGCACCUUUUAUGGACCCUUGCAUUCACUGAUAACUUCCUGGCAGCAUCUACUUUUUAGUAUAACUAAUGUCAAACUGUAUCAAAAACAAAGAUCUGAAAGAAAAAAAAUCUGAUAUUUUAACAGCUGCCAGUAUCUCCCACAGUAACUGUAUGAAGAAGGAAUUUUUUUAAUUACUUAACCUACACGAAAAGAAAAGGGCUAAAAGUGAUGCCUACAAAUACAUUACUUUCUGGGGAAAGAAAAGAAUUUCAAGAAUGUUUGCAAUAAUGGCCUCCAAUACUGAAACAACCAAAAGCAGGUGAAAUGAGGCUGAAAUCAAGGCUGUUUCAUUUUAGCUGAAGACCUGCAAAGCUGCUUGGAUUUCUAGCAGUCGAAAACCUAACCUGCAAUUGAUGCUUAAUCAUCCAUCCACAUGAACAUGCAGUCAGCUAUACACAUCAAGACUCAUUUGCAAAAACCAUUGAUUCUUCAGUAUGUGGGAUAAGGGUUUGGGUUUUUUUGUUUUUUGGUCUGUAUAAGGAAUUGUGUGUGUGUGAGUUGGGAUGUAUGGAUAUGUGAUAGUCAUAUUUUCAAGGUAUGGAUGUUUGGUGAUAACGUCUCAGAGCAUGCCUAAAAGAGCACUGCAAGAUUAUUUUUGAAGAAAUGUUAUUUUAUUAGAUCUAACUCUUCAUAGUAUGUAAAUGUUAGAACAUUUUAAUAAUAUUUUAAAACUGGGCUUUCCCAGUAUUUCAAAAAGAAAUAAUAUAUCUGUUAAUGUUAUUGGAAUGCUGCUCAGUUCUCUGAUCAGUGCUUAUGUUACGAUUGUUGAUAACUAACCAAAGUAGAUGCCUGCAGAGACUUUAAAAUGUAAAAUAAAGAUGUAUGCUGCCUGUCAGCUAUUCUCAUUAGAAAAGUUAACUUAUUUUACUCCAUAUAGAAACUGUAGAGACUAAAACCAGUUAUUUUCUUGUACAUUUGUGCCAUGCACUGUUUGUUUGUUAUACAAGAAUAGGUGUACAAAGCUAAAGAAAAAAUUGUGGUCAUUGAUGAUGGAAUAUAUGACUUGCAGGCUUUGAAGUCUGCAGAAUUCAAGAAAAGAGCUGCAAAUGCAUUUUUGUAUCUUUAUUCAGGACUCACUCACAUACUUUACCCUAAAGAAACCUGGGGCUAGGAGAAAUGAAAGGAAGCCUGAAGACUGACUACCAAAACAUGCAAUAUACUUAUUCACUGUCUAAGUCUGUAGUAUAACAUGAACUGGAGUCUCUAUCCUUUUUUAAAUCGCAUUUUGUAAGAAAAGAAAAAAAAAAAAAAAAAAGAAUGUAGUCCCACAACUCCUGAUUUGAAAGAAACACCUUGUAUUUUUUAUAUACAUUUCUUAUCCACUGUGACUUUUCUUUUAAACUGGGCUCUGUGAUUCCAGAGUUUAGAAUGUAGAAAUGAAAUGCUUAGCUUUACCUUUUCUUGGGGGUGUGGACCCUGCCAGAAAUGUAAUUACGUAUGCUCAAGUGCAUUAAUUGAAGGCACUGUGCACACCAUUGGACUGCUGACCACAGUUACAUUUCCAGUAAAAUUCCGUAACUGGUCACAGCUCAUUCAUAAUCACUGUAUUUUUUGACCCUGAUAAAGACAGUUAUUUUGAUGGUGUUCUGGUACUGUAAGUGGUAUCCUUUAAAUUAUUAUUUAAAACUUCUUUUGGGUGUGGGGCAGGCAGAGAGGGAUGGUGUCCAGAGAUACAUCACACUUUACAUCCUAUCUUACUAUCCUCUGUUUUUCUCACCCUCCUUACAUCCCUUUUGUUAAAAAUAAAAAGCAUUGUAGCUGUUGGUUUGUGUUGUGUUUUAACAAAAAAUGAAUGAUUACAGUGUGCAUCAUUUAGAAACCUUUCAAAUGUUACCUUCUUGAAUUGCCUUAAAGAAGAACAAAAUUAGUUGAUUACCCAACCAAACCUUUCAGUUGAUAUUUGCUUUUUGUGCUUAUUUACAUGUAACUAAGUCUGUUAAUAAAAAUGAAUAUACCUGCA